AUGAAGGAGAUGGAGAACCGCAUCAAGCGGAGGGUGAUGCGGCAGCUCCAGCGGGAUAUCAGCAAAGAGAUCCAACAAAUGCUUGAUGAGCGGGAUAUCAUCAUUAACAAACUCUGCCAGGAGAAUCGAGAGCUCAAGGAGAUCGUUACGCAGCAUCUCGGCAGUGUAUUCCAGGAUUCUUCCCCUCAUCAUUUCAACCUUUCGCCCGGGGAGGUUAUUCUGUAA